AGCGGUGGAGCUGAGGAACAAAUGUGGAUCCUCUUCCAGGGUGGGCCUGAGAGACCCAUGGCUUCCGGCACCUGGCCCUGGGCUUUGCUUUUGCCAGCCACCCAUCAUCGCAGCUGCCCUGGUGGCCGAAGGCAAAGAGCCUUCAUGGUCCUCGCCCUCUUCCUCUUCUUGCCACGCUUCCCUGCUUCCAGCUGUCCAGAUGUUUGCAACUGCUCCUCGGGGAAGAUAAACUGUGUGGACCGUAGGCUGCGUUUCGUGCCUCUCCAGUUGCCCACAAAUGCCACCGCCCUCCUGCUGGACUACAACCGCAUCGCCACCCUCAGGAACGGCACCUUUGCGGCCCAGAGAGUCUUGCGCCAGUUGUGCCUCGGCAACAAUGUCCUGGCCAGCAUUCACCGCCUGGCCCUGGUGGGCCUCCAGGAGCUGCAGGAGCUGGACCUCAGCGACAACUCCCUCAGCCUCCUGCACCCAGAGACUUUCCUCCCCGUGCCGACCCUGCGGAGGCUGAAACUGGAGAACAACAGGCUCCUGAGGCUGGAUGCAGAACUCCCCGGGGCCCUCCCUCACCUCAAGGCCCUCUUCGUCCACGGCAACGCCUUGACCGCCCUCCCGGCUGGCUUCUUUGAAAGCCUGCCUGCCUUGUCCUACCUGACCCUGGAGGACAACCCAUGGACCUGCUCCUGUGCCCUCUGGCCCCUCUUCCUGUGGCUGGGGAAGAACAGGGACAAAGUUCCAGAGGCGAAUUCAGUGACCUGCAAACGCCGAGCGUCCCUCGUGCAGUAUCCCGUCUCGACCCUUGGAAACGAAUCCUUUGCACGCUGCCAGACACCCCGGAUGAAUCUCCCCAGCUACGCCUUCUUCCUCCUGAUCGGCCCAUCGACUUUCCUGGCCAGCAUUUGUGUCGGCAUCCUACUGGGCUCGCUGGCGGUGGCCCACCUGAAACUGACGAGGACGGGCUCGUGUGCUUGGCCACGGGCAGGCACUCGCCUGCGGUAAGCGGGUUUCGCUCCCAAACCAUCAUCCUUCGGCACUCUCUCCCCUGUCUCUGCCAGCGGAAGUGCAGCAUUGUAGCUCUAGAAAACCCUUCUGUGUCAAAUGCUUUGUGCAUAAAACCCCAAUUCCUCCCUCGGCCAGUGGGUGGAUCCUUGAUUUGAGCUUGUACCUACCUGUCCCUACGCGGGACCUUGGGGUAAGAGUGGUCCGUAUUUGCCAAAGAGUUGGGGCCUGCGCCUCUUUUCCCACCGAGGUGGGCCUGAGGACCAGGCAGAGAGGCUGGAGCGCCCUUCCUAUCGGACUCCUUUGUGUUCCCUGAAAAGAACACCACCCUCCUCCCAUUUCUUGAAGCAAAGGAGCCCCUUCUGUUCCCCGCUUGGUGGCUUCCCAGGUCUUCCUCAGAAAGGGAGGUAAGAUAAAACGGAGGCUGCCAAUGCAAGGAUGACCGUGGCAUCUCAGUGCCCCUGGGCUCUGGGCUCAGCGUUUGUCAGCUUCCCAAGGCUGGCACAGCCAGAGGUCCCUGUUGCUCUUGAUUUAGUGAGUGGCAGCCAGGAGGCAGGUGAGACGCAGCCUGUGCUGAGUACAGGGCCUGCGUUCAGCUUACGGCCCCUUUGAGAAAUGCUGCCCAAUGGGGAGAGCAGUGCUGGGCUCCUUGUCCUCAACCAGGAAACAUCUCAAUACCGAGGUGGGCUCCCCCCCAACACAUCCAUGAUACACAGGCCCCCUUAUUCUUCUUGGAAAGGAAAAGGCAAGAGGUGAGCCAGUCCUUGUCUGGGCUGCGGGGUGAGCCUGGGGGUGGGAUGCACAGCUUCCAGGUCUAAGAUGGAGCAGAGAGGCUGACCGUGUGAAGCCGAGCUUGUCAAGGGAACUGGAGGGGCAUCUGGGCCUCCCCUCCUUCCUGGAGCUUGGCCCGACAGGUUCUGACUGCCCUGGAGGGACGGCACAGCUGGGCAUUGGCCUGCCAACCUUCGGAGUGGCUCGGGAAGCAGCUCACUUUCCAGCCGGACAGUCGGAAAACAUCUCCCUGUGGAUGGGGCUGCAUGGCAGAUGUUGUGUCUCCUGAAGGCCAAAAAAUGGUGCUUAUCAGAAACAACAGCCAGGCCGAUGUCUUGGGAUCAGCCUUUCCAGCCAUGAUACAGGUGCUCAAAUCCAAUGCCUGAGUCACGUGACCUGGGAGAUCCAAUCCCAUCUUCUUGCUUUGUCUCACCAUCAUUUCUUCAGGUGCGAAGAAUUAUUGGCAGCCCCUUUUCUGUAUCAUUUCCUUCCUUCCUUCCUUCCUUCCUUCCUUCCUUCCUUCCUUCCUUCCUUCCUUCCUUCCUUCCUUCCUUCCUUCCUUCUCCAAGCAACCCUUCUGCUUGCUGCUGGGCCUUCAGGGUGGUAUCUCCUCCAGCCUCUGCAGGUGACUUCCAGCUCCACCCCAGAUGGCAUCUUUCCCUUCCAGCUACUGCAACUUUUGAGGUAUUUUCAGUACUUGUUUUUGAUGACCCAUCCCAGAAUUCAAGAGUUGCCGUGGCCGGGCAGCUGACAUCUAAAGCCGGGCUGCAUCUGGGGAAUUGGGAGCACAUCUACCAGCCAGUCUUCCUUGUCUUUCUCUUUGCGGAACUUUUAUUUAAGUUCAGAAUGAGGAAGGGAAAUAUAGGCUGCUGCCUCUUACUUUUC